UUAACAAUAUACAUUAACCAAAGUUUUGAUAUAAUUGCUUUUUUGUUCAACUAAUAAUUGCAACAUAACCUUUAUACUGUCAAUAGUCAAAUUAUAAGUUUUUUUUUAAAGUAAAACAUUAACUAAUUAAAUGUAGUCCGACCCUUUUAAAUUAAAUAGCAUGCGUUUAUUUUAAAUAACGUAAAUUACACAAUACUACUAUGGAUGAUGACUGUAAAGAUUACAGGAAAAGCAAACCACAACAAAAAAUUUACAAACCUGGCAGUGGGCCUUUGAGACGAUCAAGGCAUGGCUUGGACUGCAAAAUGGAAUCUUACGAAAUAGAUAAUACUUACAAGGGAAAAGAACCGAACCGUUAUGGAUCCCAAAAUUCCGUUAAUGGCGAUGAAUUAAGAUGUAGACCGCAAUCAUCUAAUCCUCGAAAUAAAAAACCUGAACAGCAAUUGUAUGUGCCAAGAUCCGCCGACUCAUUUGGAGAUGCUGAUAGACAUUCCAAGGGUUCCUUACGGUGUGAUAAUUCUAGUCAGUACAAUAACAGAAGAAUGUCAAACAAUCAAGAAAACAAGAUAGCUUCAUGUAAUGCUUCUGUACCAUUUAAGGCUGCUCUGGGUAGGGAUAAGUCUGUUACAGAUUACUAUCAUAAUGAUAGAACCAGUAAUGAUAUUAAUUCCAACAAACAGAGUAGGCAUGGCUCUGAAUCUAGAUCAUCUUCACCUGCUCACCAUUUACAAGAUCAAAAUGCUGUAGAUAGAAAUCGUGAUAGCAGGAGUAUGGAAACAUGGGCAGGUAGACACAAAUCUGGUUCUGGUGGAAAACCACCCUCAGGUCGCAGAAAUUCUGCUGGUUAUCCAACAGACUUGCAUAGGCCUAAGCAUAUCAAUUUGGAUAAUAUUCCACCGAGAUUUAGAAAGAAAUUUUUGGAACAAGCUGGUCACCAAAAUUAUGAAAGCGGAGACCAACUACACAGAGAUGGACAUUCAUCUUCAGUUCAAUCCAUAAACAACCCAAAUCAGUUUCAUACAACAAAUGCAAAUUGGUCCCAAACUUUACCAUCAAGAGGUAGGGGUCGUUUAAGGGACAAUGAGCAUUUUGAUAGGGAAAAAUUCCUCAACUCAUAUUUGAAAAAUCAUGAUGUACAUAAUUCAAGAAGAUCUACACCCAGCAGUUCUUACAUGAAUUUAUAUGAACCAAAUGUAGUUGAUAAUAGUAAUAUUAUUGCAAAAUCAGAUGAAGUAAUUAGCAAGCAAGAUCAGCAUGAAUCUUAUGAUAGUGUAAGUGAAAAUGGUGUUAGUAAAUCAACCAAUGAACAAGAUAAAUCUGAAGAAGUUGAAUCUGGUAAUGAUAACCAAAAUGAAAAUGAAUCUGUCUUCAAAUUAACAAGCCUUACUGAUAUGUCUAAUUUGGAUUGGUCAGAAGAAGUAGAAAAAAAUAUAAAACUAGAUGAUAUGUGUGACACAUCGACAAGUUUUUCACAAAGUGUCAAAAUGUCAGUAACAGAAGAUGUGAAAUUACCUGAACCCAGAGAGUCUAAACGUAGCGGAAGAUCAAGGCGACGAGACAAAAGGAGCUCUAGCAGAGGUCAAAGGAACACUGAAAAGAAAGAGAGAAAUAGAAAGGACAGUAAUGUUAGCACUCAAAGUAAACCAGAUUGGAACAGACGGGAUAGUAAUGUGAGCAUUCAUCAUGAUGUAGUACCAACAAAUCUUAAGCAGAGAGAGAGGGAGAGAAGAGACAGUCAUAGAAGUAACCGCUCAUCCACUAUCGGAAACAGUAGAGAUGACCUAGACAAGUGGAGAUCUCUACGGUCAUACAGUAGAGAACAGAGUACAGAAAGAAGAAUUGUAUCCCAAUGUAAUAGCAGAGAUACAUCAUCUAACCGAGCAUUGAGUCCAAGAGAUAAUGAUGGUUUCAGAUUACCAAAACCGGUUGCAUCAAUGUCAACAAGUCAGAAAAAUAACGGAAGCUGGUACAGUGGACGGACAUCAAGUAUAGAGAGAAGAAGGCAGUCUCCGACGCCCAGUACAGUGAGCAAAGAACCUAUCAGUGAGGGUCACCAGGGCGGGGGAGGUCGCCGGUCCAAGAAGCGGUCGUCUCGCCGCAGAGGCAGGAACAGUGAGAACAUACAGCCCGCAACACAUCAACCUCCUGGCUCAACUCCUGCACCAACCAAUAUUAAUUGGCGCGAAGAGAUAUUGGAGUCAAAGAAACACCAUAAUAUGAAUGAUAGACCUCAUGAUCAUCAAAGAAACAGGUUGAACAGUGUUAUGUCUGACAAAUCUGCAACCGACACAUCUAGUGGACAGCCGGGCUUAAUUAUUCUACCACAAAGUUCUAUGUCUACAUUACAAAAGGAUGGACGCUCUGGACCUGUUGAUAAUCAAAAGACUCUGUUUGACCACCAUAAUCCAUCCAAGCCUAUUAUUGUACAAACUAGUCCAUCCAAAGUUGACAUCAGAAUGGAACAUGGCAUGAGGGAUUCGAUGUGUCGCGGCGGGCUGGGGGCGGGGCACGAGGUGGACCGCGCAGACGCUAUCUUGCGCACGCACGCACUGCGCGGGCCCGCCGCUCUCGCCGCGCACUGGCAUGACGUCAUCGAAACUAGAAAGUUUUUGCAGAAUGCCCUCCAGAGUUUGUUGAUGUCCGAUUUAAAAUAUUGCCAGUCCGAUAAUAUCGAGCAUCAGUUUUGGAAAAUGUUGUACUACAAUUUUCUGGAAGUGUUGAGGAAGAGCAUACCGCAGUUACCUCCCGAAGUGAAGCCUGAUGUUAUAAAACUGAUCAAUACAAUAAUUGAAGAGGGGAACGUUUUCUUUGAGAAUCUCGUACAAAGUUUGGAGAAAACAUACAAGUUCAAUACGGACGAUUAUUUGAACGAUAAUCACGUUUUGCCGCCGAAGGGUCUCGGUUAUGUGGGACUCGCUUUGAUCUCAGUACAAAAGUUAUACGUAUUUUUGGGAGACUUAGCUAGAUAUAAGGAACAAGUGAAUGAAACUAAUAAUUUCGCUAAGAGUAAAUUUUGGUACACUAAAGCUCAACAGAUUAAUCCAAAAAAUGGAAGGCCAUAUAAUCAAUUAGCAUUAUUAGCUAUAUACGCUAGGAGAAAAUUAGACGCUGUUUAUUAUUACAUGAGAAGUUUAAUGUCUUCGAAUCCCUUUCAAUCAGCUCGUGAAAGUUUAUUAUCGUUAUUCGAUGAAAACAGAAAAAAGUAUGAGGCAGCGGAGAAGAAACGUCGCGCGGCGGAGGUAGUGAAGGCGGCGGAGAGUGUGGAGGCGGGUAGCGCGGUGUGCGAGGGUGGUCGUCGCGAGAUCUGGCUGAGACCCUCACCCGCCACACGACAUGACGAGACCUUCGACCACAUGACACCAGUUGAGUUAAAUAAAAACUUCAUCACCAGUUACUUACAUGUUCAUGGAAAAUUAAUAACCAAAAUUGGUAUGGAGACGCUGCACGAGAGCGCGCGGCGCAUGGUGCGUCAGUUCCGCGCGCUGCUGCACCGGCAGCCGCUGCCCACGCCCGCCGCGCGCCUGCUGCAGCUCACCGCCCUCAACAUGUUCGCCGUCGAGACCAACGCAGCACCACUCGCAGAGUCGGGUGACAAGAACGGUCGAUCGGCGUGGCUGGAAUGCGCGUUGAGCGUGUCCCUGCUGAUGUUCGGCGCGCUGCUCGAACGAUGCUGUGCUCUGUUGCCUGAACCACCCAACUCACAGCAGCACGCUGACGCCUUCCUCCUGUUGCCUGCUAUAAAGGUGUGGUCUGACUGGAUGCUAUGUCAUAGCAGUAUAUGGAAUCCACCACCUUCAUUCGACAACUUCGAAAUCGAAAGCGAUAACGAGCCGUGGGAUUGGCUCGCGAAGCUGAUGAACAUUCUCGAAAAUCUCGAUGAUAAGUCUAUAGACUUGGAAAGUGAAAGGAAAGAGGGGUACGUAGCGGUGCGGCUGGCGGAGGACGCGUCGCUGGCAGGGUUCACGCCGCUGAUGUACAUGGAGCCGGCGGUGGCCUGGCUGCCGGCUGCCAGCGCCGCGCACCACGCCGCCGAGCACGCGCUGCGCACCAGGAAACUGCUCUUCUUUGGCACCGAAUACCUGGUGGGCGUGGAGCCGCCGGUGCUGAGACUGGAGUACCCGGCGGGGGAGUCGCCGCGCUACGUGAGCGCGGUGCAGCGGACGAAGCCUCACUACCCAUCGCUGCAGAACUUGGCGGAGGACUCUGACGAGGGUGAGAGCGUGGGCGGCGCGUCUGGUGGUUCUGCGGAGGGUACGGAGGGCGCGGGGGCUGCGGGCGAGGUGCCCGAGGGCGCGGACGAGGCCACCAGGAGGCUGCUCAGGCGGAAAGAACAACUUGAGUCCCGCAAAGCGACGCUCGAACGAAGACGACAACGAAUGCAGGAGAUGGUGGGUGUUGGGGCGGAGGUCCGCGUGCGUCCGCGCUGGCUGGUGCCAGACACCAACUGCUUCAUCGACCACCUGCCGCUGCUGCAGGCGGUGGCCGCGCCGCCCAGCCCCUACACACUUGCCGUGCCCCUAGUCGUGGUGGGUGAGCUGGAGGGUCUACGGAAGUGCAGUCGCGUGGGCGGGGCGGCGCAGGCGGCGCGCAGAUGGGUGGCGGAGGCGCGCGGCGUGCGGCUGGCGACUGCGCGCGGCUCGCUGCUCGCCUCGCGCUCCUUCACCGCCGAGCGCGACCGCCCGCGCGCAUCCAACGACGACCGCGUGCUCGCCACCGCGCUCAAUCUGCACGCCAACAUUGAAUCUAAUGCCGACAGUACACAAGAAAUGGUGCGCGAGGUGGUGCUGCUCACUGAUGACCGCAACCUGCGCGUGAAGGCGCUGGCCGCGGACCUGCCCGCCCGAGACCUGCCAUCCUUCGUCGCCUGGGCGGGCCUCGAUACUGCAGCCGCCACUCAGCCCACUAGCCAGGCAGCGCGUGCAGGGAACAGUACAAGUGCGAAUAACUGAGCGGCGUGUUGCUGUGCCGCGCUGUGCCGUGCUGUGCCGCGCUGUGCCGCGCUGUGCCGGGCUCGCUUACUCUAGGAAUUGAUUAGUUAUGAUGAAUUAAUACACGAAUAGAAUGAACCAAUAAUACAAUAAAAGUACACUUUUGUUACUGGCUUUAGGAUAACUCGCCUAGGGGUGAUCGAUGUACCAAAAGAAUUGAUGUUUUUCUACGUAUUAUUACAAAAUUUUUAAAUUAAAUGAUAUGAGUGAUUUGUUGUAUUAAUAAAUUUUUUAGGUUAAUUUAGCGGUUGUAUUUUACAUCGACAUUUUACAUUGUAUGAAUAUCAAAUGUAGUCUGUCAAAGAUCAUCCCUAAUUCCACCCCUGUGUUCCUGACCUACAUUAUCAUUAUUUUUCCAUCAAUUUUUAUAUAUAAGAUAAUGUAAAUUUAUCAUCGCUGAUUUUAAUUUUUUUAUAUUUACGUUAAGUAUAUUUUUUUUAUAAUUUUAGUUAAUUGUUGCUAAUUAUCUAUUGUAAAUGCAAUGCUUAGGCUAUCCACUGUAAUUCGCUAAGUCGUUCGCACUAAUGCAUGUGUCAUGUGUCAUGUGUCAUGUGUCAUGUGCCACCUGCAACAUGUCUUCGUCUAGUUGUAAUCGCCCGUUGUCUAGAUGCUUUAAUAUUCAUAUACUGUCUUUACUAAUACUAAGUUUUUUAAGUAUUCUAAUUAGAACGAAUAUUUAAUAUUUC